ACUAUAAGUGAUUAAAGAUCGUACAACAGUGUAGUGCAAUAAAAUAUAACACUUAAGAUCUCUAAAGUUAAAUUUAAAGCUCAAGAUGCGUAUCAGAAAGAAACCCGAUUUACGAAUACAAAUACCGUCAUACCCUCAUGAUUUCGUCGAAAUGCCUCCUGAAACUAGACGGAGAAUAUUAGAAGCGACCACACCAAACACCGCUAGAACUCCAACUGAUAUACCAUUCAUAGAUGCAGAUACUCCACAAGCACAAUUCCAAGUUGGCGAUCCUUUGUCUCCUAUAGAUGGACCUCAGCUUGAAGGGGGAUUUAGAGCUUCAACCCCUACAGUCAAGAUUGUAGAGCCAGAGGAAAUUGAACUUAAAAGGGCAGAGAAUAAAGAUGAAAAAGGUGAUAAUAAAGAUGAAAAAAAUGAAGAAGCUGAAAAUCCGGUGCAGUAUAGGAAGAUGAGGAAUUCGAUAUCAAUGCCACAUGGACUGCAUGAUUAUGAGUUGGAGCAGUUGAGGAGGGAACAUGAAGGCAGAGUGAGUAGAAUUUUUCAUGCUUUAGAUUUGUCUUGA